AUGGGUCACCUGCUGAUGCGAGGAUGGAUCCUCGCCUCGUUAUUGAUGCAAACCAGCAUCGCCAUGACAGUCGUUGUUGAGCCAGCAGCUGCGACUUCUACCACUACUUCCUCUGCUAUCGCACAUACGCAUCAUCACUGGUCCUAUAGCUCAAGGUCCUUGCCCAGUCGCAGGCCAUGCACACCCAGUUAUUCGUCGUCUGUUCCUUCUUCGAAGGCAGCAACUCCUACUCCAUCAAUCAUCGUGGUACCCUCGUCGAGUGCAGUCCCCUCACCCACUACCUCGCCUGUAAGGGAAUCGCCAACUCCCAGUUCAAGACCGGUACCCAGUCGUUCAGCAGCUCCCCGCCCGCAUUGGAGCUAUGUAUCCCGGCCUUUACCUCAGCGAAGCCAGUGUUCGGCUUCGUCCAGAGCAAUUCCGAGCUCUUCACUCCCUGUCCCCAGACUAUCUGGAAUCACAUCCAGCGCAGUUCCCGCGCUAACCCCUGUUGGAGCCGCAUUUCCUCAGUCGAACAUUUUCACAUCCUCGUCAGCUGCAACAUUCGCCGAGUCUUCCACACUGCAGUUAACUACGUCAGCGGUCCUCUCUACUCGUACAGCCACAAUUACUGCAUGCCCAUCUGCAGUCCCAGAUUGUCCUCCACGCUCGAGAACAACCCUUGUCACCACAGUAUGCCCAGUUACCGAGGCUGCUCGUGCGACUCGGACGGAUUCUGCCUCGCCGACAGCAACCGACACUGCUGUCAACAAUGGUCAUGGCAGCGGUGGCGCGGAGCUUACAACUUCCACGGUUUUCAGCACUCGCACUGCUACCAUAACUGCGUGUCCUUCCUCGGUAACAAACUGCCCGCUCAGGUCGAAAACGACCUAUGUGACCACCGAGACCUUGGUAGUCUCAACCACUGUUUGCCCCGUAGCCGACAUCACUGGUAGCAGCGGCGCUAUAAUCACUACCCAGACUGCAUCUCAUCCUUCGGCUACCGUGGCUGUCGUUGACAACUGGAGCAGCAUGGGUGGAUAUGACAUUACUACUUCUACGAUCUUGAGCACCCGUGUAAUCACUGUUACUGCAUGUCCCUCUUCCGUGACCAACUGCCCCCUGAGAUCAAAGACGACUUAUGCAAGCACUGAGACACUGGUUGUCGCGACGACUGUGUACCCAGUCCCGAAGGUCACUAAUACCAAAGCAAAGACUCCUCUUCCAUCUGUCACAAGAGCAUCGGAAGAGGGACCAUCACUCACCACCUCCACCAUCCUGAGCACCCGCAUUGCCACAGUUGCCAGCUGCACUGGGGAUGACUGUCGCAGUUCAUCGUCUGACUCUUAUGUCACGACUGAGACCCUCGUUGUAGGAACGACCGUUUACACAGUAUAUCCAGAAUAUGUAUCCGUCCCAACCGAAGGUGUUGAUGCUAUGGCUGCUCCUACGACCGCUGCCACGCUCCUCCAGACUGCCAACUCAGCGGGUAGCUCCCCCAAGGUUGUUUCAUCUGGAUCGCAGCCCACAUCUGCAAGUGAGACUAGCACUCAGGGUACAGGCUCAAGUGCAGGCUCAAGUGCGGAGUCAAGUGAAGGAUCGGAUGCCGGCUCUGCUGCAGACUCCAGCGCAGUGUCCGGUGCGGGCUCAGGUGCAGCCGCAGACACAACCUACACCACCACGAUUAUCGUCGAAUCAUGCUCCAAUGACGGAACCUGCACCGAGUAUGGCAGUACCAUCACAAUGGCCCAGACCUCCAAUCUUGCUCAGCCCACUGUGCCUCCCUCCCCGUAUUCGUACACCUCGUACUUGGGCUCAGGAUUGGGUUGGAACCACAGUACUCCUGUCUCUUCAGCACAUGUCUGGCCCCAGAGCAGUCACCAAGCUGGCAUGAGCACGGCUAUGGUUACUAGCACAAGAAGCGCAAGUGCCGUUAAUGCAUUGUACACUGGGUCUGCUUCUGCAGGUUCCCAGUGGUCGAUGCUGCAGGUGGUCGGAAUGGCGGUAGCAAUUCUGACGGCUGUUCUUGUCUAG